UUCAUUUUCUAUCGGAGCUUGCGCACCAUUUGUUCGAACAUGGAUUCCAGGAACACCCUUAAUCUUCCACUAAUAUUUAAUAGACUUACUGUUUGAUUAGUAGUAUAUCCUUGAAAAGAUCAAAAAAAUAAAAAUAGAAUAUAUUUAGACUUUAUUGUUACACCUUGCUAAAGAACGUUUAUCAGAAAGUAAUUAGUUUAAUCUAUAAAAUGUCUCAGGCCUACAUUCACGCUUGCGAAAGGGCAGAAUUGUUAGGAUUACCAAUUCCAAGCGAGGAGGAGUGGAGAGAAGCGAACGAUCAUGUCAAUGAUAAUGACGACGAUGCAGUGAUUCAAAACUUAGAUUCCUCUGAUGAAGCCGCUCAACGAAUAGGAGGUGGAUUAGAAGAAUUAAACACUAUUCUCAAUGCAACACAGAAAAAAAUUAAUAGAUUCAAGAAUGUUUGUGGCAGUUUAAGUACUCUGUUGAAAGUAAAAGUGGGGUCUCGAAACGGUACACCAGAUCAUAAACACAGCAAGAAAAAUGACAAUGAUCCAAAAGAUCUUCUUGCUAAAACAUCAAUGAAUGAAGAAAAUUUAACAAUAGAACUAGCAAAUGAUGAGAAAUGUAUGGACAAAGCAGAAACUGAACCAGUAAUAUCAAAAAAGAUUGAUAUCAAUGAAAAAAUGGGAUCCCAUUUGGCCAAGUUAGAUUCCCUUGUUACUAAAGCUGAAAAUGCUCAAUACAGUAUGCAACAUCAGACAAAACAAAUGAAAAAAUUUUUGAAGUAAUCAUUGACGUAUGAAGAUAAUGUCAAAUUCUUUAAAACCAAAUUACUGGAUAUACAUAUGCAAUAUAACAUUUAGCAAAAUAUAAUUCUGAUGUAUCUAAUACCGUCUGGUACAUAUAAUAUGAAAAUUUGCUUUUAUAAUAAUAAUCAUUGCUGUACCUGGAAUUAGGUAUUAGACAAUACUAUUGUGCCAUGCAUACAAAAUAAUUUGCAAGAAGAGUAGUUACACAUUAUUUCUUACAGUAUCUUCUCCUAUUAGUUUCUCCAUUAUUUAGGCAAUACCUCAUGACUUCAGCCAGUAAUUUCAAUUGAACUAAAUCUAAUUUUGACAUGUCAUUUUCAUUACAAUGAUCUCUUGUUCCUCUGUUUCUGGAGAUGACACAGCUUUCCUCAUCCUUAAAUAAAGCAAAGAGGAGUUCAAAAAAAGAGAAAUUGAAGCUUAUCAAUCUGAUGGUUUAAGCUCUAAGACAAAGCUGUCUUAGUUUUAAAAGAUUUAUGUGUCUUAUGCUUGUAUAAGUGCAAGGCUCUUAUUAUUAUAUUUACUUUGAAAGUAAAUAUAAUUCCUGUUACAUAUUUCUUCACAUUUAAAAACUGAUAUUUAUAUUACAAUUAAAAUAAAUUACUUGUUACCAUAACUUGCAGAAUAUAUCAUUGUUUAAAUGUAAUAAAAAUCUUAAAUUAAUUAUGUAUAAUAUUAUUACAUAAAAUGAUUAAAUAUAUACACAUUUAUUAAAA